ACUUUAUUCCUUUACCUCACUGUAUUUUACUGCCAUAUCACAGUCUCCUAGACGAUCUGUGGCUGUGAGUUUUUGGUUUCCUUUUCUUUCUUGCUGUUUUAAAUUGUGUUUUUUUUUCCCGAACCUUUAAAACAGUAUCAGGAACUCUGACUGUCUCGAGCUCGAGGCGGUGCGUCCUCACAGAAAGAGGUGUGCUCGCGCGAGGAAACUUUUUAACAGGACAUAUGAGGCUUCACCGCUCAGCUGGACUCAAACCGGCAUCAUGACACGGCAUUCGUUAAGAAUACUCCUCUCUGUGACUCUCAUGAGACUGUGUCUUCUUAAUCAUAGCAUACUUCUAGCACAAGGGGAAGGUACAGGUGCUGUUGCCAGCCUCACUGUCUCUAACAAAACCACAUCAUCUGUGUCUCUAACCUGGAAUGAGCCAUCUGGGGAUAGGUCGUACUUUACAGUAAAUUGGGCUGGUGGCAGUGUGAAUAUCAGCAGUAACACUUCAAACACAUCUUACACUGUCACUGGUCUGACUGCUGGAGUGAACUACACAUUCACUGUUACUGCAGUUGCUGCAGAUGGACAAACUGCAGGAGCACCAACUCAAAUCUCAGCAUUCACAAACCCAAAUGCUGUAACCAAUCUCACUGUCUCUAACAAAACUACAUCAUCUGUGUCUCUAACCUGGAAUGAGCCACCUGGGAACAGGUCGUACUUUACAGUAAAUUGGACUGAUGGCAGUGUGAAUAACAGCAGUAACACUUCAAACACGUCUUACACUGUCACUGGUCUGACUGCUGGAGUGAACUACACAUUCACUGUUACUGCAGUUGCUGCAGAUGGACAAACUGCAGGAGCACCAACUCAAAUCUCAGUAUGCACAACACCAGAUGUUGUCUCCAGUCUCACUGUCUCUAAUAAAACUACAUCGUCUGUGUCUCUAACCUGGAAUGGGCCACCUGGGAACAGGUCGUACUUUACAGUAAAUUGGACUGAUGGCAGUGUGAAGAACAGCAGUAACACUUCAAGCACGUCUUACACUGUCACUGGUCUGACUGCUGGAGUGAACUACACAUUUACUGUUACUGCAGUUGCUGCAGAUGGAACUACAGGAACACCAACUCAAACCUCAGCAUUCACAAACCCAAAUGCUGUCACCAAUGUCACUGUCUCUAUCAAAACCACAUCAUCUGUGUCUCUUACCUGGAAUGAGCCACCUGGGAACAGGUCGUACUUUACAGUAAAUUGGACUGGUGGCAGUGUGAAUAACAGCAGUAACACUUCAAACACGUCUUACACUGUCACUGGUCUGACUGCUGGAGUGAACUACACAUUCACUGUUACUGCAGUUGCUGCAGAUUCACAAACUUCAGGAGCACCAACUCAAAUCUCAGCAUUCACAAAGCCAAAUGCUGUCACCAAUCUCACUGUCUCUAACAAAACCACAUCAUCCGUGUCUCUAACCUGGAAUGAGACAUCUGGGAGCAGGUUGUACUUUACAGUAAAUUGGACUGGUGGCAGUGUGAAUAACAGCAGUAACACUUCAAACACGUCUUACACUGUCACUGGUCUGACUGCUGGAGUGAACUACACAUUCACUGUUACUGCAGUUGCUGCAGAUUCACAAACUGCAGGAGCACCAACUCAAACCUCAGCAUUCACAAAGCCAAAUGCUGUCAACAAUCUCACUGUCUCUACCAUAAAUACAUCAUCUCUGUCUCUAACCUGGAAUGGGCCACCUGGGAACAGGUCGUACUUUACAGUAAAUUGGACUGGUGGCAGUGUGAAUAACAGCAGUAACACUUCAAACACGUCUUACAAUGUCACUGGUCUGACUGCUGGAGUGAACUACACAUUCACUGUUACUGUAGUUGCUGCAGAUGGAACUACAGGAGCACCAACUCAAACCUCAGCCUUCACAAACCCAACUGCUGUCACCAAUCUCACUGUCUCUAUCAAAACCACAUCAUCUGUGUCUCUAACCUGGAAUGAGCCACCUGGGAACAGGUCGUACUUUACAGUAAAUUGGACUGAUGGCAGUGUGAAGAACAGCAGUAACACUUCAAACAUGUCUUACACUGUCACUGGUCUGACUGCUGGAGUGAACUACACAUUCACUGUUACUGCAGUUGCUGCAGAUUCACAAACUGCAGGAGCACCAAAUCAAAUUUCAGCAUUCACAAAGCCAAAUGCUGUCACCAAUCUCACUGUCUCUAUCAAAACCACAUCAUCUGUGUCUCUAACCUGGAUUGAGCCACCUGGUAACAGGUCGUACUUUACAGUAAAUUGGACUGAUGGCAGUGUGAAUAACAGCAGUAACACUUCAAACACGUCUUACACUGUCACUGGUCUGACUGCUGGAGUGAACUACACAUUCACUGUUACUGCAGUUGCUGCAGAUUCACAAACUGCAGGAGCACCAACUCAAACCUCAGCCUUCACAAAGCCAAAUGCUGUCACCAAUCUCACUGUCUCUAUCAAAACCACAUCAUCUGUGUCUCUAACCUGGAAUGAGCCACCUGGGAACAGGUCGUACUUUACAGUAAAUUGGGCUGAUGGCAGUGUGAAUAACAGCAGUAACACUUCAGACAAAUCUUACACUGUCACUGGUCUGACUGCUGGAGUGAAAUACACAUUCACUGUUACUGCAGUUGCUGCAGAUGGACAAACUGCAGGAACACCAACUCAAACCUCAGUAUUCACAAACCCAAAUGCUGUCACCAGUCUCACUGUUUCUAACAAAACUACAUCAUCUGUGUCUCUAACCUGGAAUGAGCCACCUGGGAACAGGUCGUACUUUACAGUAAAUUGGACUGAUGGCAGUGUGAAGAACAGCAGUAACACUUCAAACACGUCUUACACUGUCACUGGUCUGACUGCUGGAGUGAAAUACACAUUCACUGUUACUGCAGUUGCUGCAGAUGGAACUACAGGAGCACCAAAUCAAACUUCAGCCUUCACAAAGCCAAAUGCUGUCACCAGUCUCACUGUCUCUAACAAAACUACAUCAUCUGUGUCUCUAACCUGGAAUGAGCCACCUGGGAACAGGUCGUACUUUACAGUAAAUUGGACUGGUGGCAGUGUGAAUAACAGCAGUAACACUUCAAACACGUCUUACACUGUCACUGGUCUGACUGCUGGAGUGAAAUACACAUUCACUGUUACUGCAGUUGCUGCAGAUGGACAAACUGCAGGAGCACCAAAUCAAACCUCCACCUUCACAAACCCAAAUGCUGUCACCAAUCUCACUGGUUCAAACACAACCACAUCAUCUGUGUCUCUAACCUGGAAUGAGCCACCUGGCAACAGGUCGUACUUUACAGUAAAUUGGGCUGGUGGCAGUGUGAAUAACAGCAGUAACACUUCAAACACGUCUUACACUGUCACUUUUUUGACUGCUGGAGUGAACUACACAUUCACUGUUACUACAGUUGCUGCAGAUGGACAAACUGCAGGAGCACCAACUCAAACCUCAGUAUUCACAAAACCUGAUACUGCAAGUGACCUCAGUGUAACUGAAAUUACAACAAGUUCAUUGUUUGUGAACUGGACUGAACCAAUAGGAGAAAGAUCUAUCUUUAAAGUACAGUGGAGUAAUGACAGCAUCACUUUGAAUUCAACAACCUCAAACAGGUUCUUUAACAUAACUAAUCUCAAUCCUGGAGUCAAUUACACCAUCCUGAUAUCUGCUGUUGCUGCAGACAAUAUAACAGAAGGAGAAGCAGUUGGUCUUUCAGUCUAUACAAAGCCAGACAUCGUCAGAAAUCUCACAAUCUCUGUCAGAACAACAUCUGUAUUUCUGGAGUGGAAUAAACCAUUAGGAGAGAGCUCUUUCUUUAGAGUGCGAUGGACAAACAGCAGUACAACUCCUGCAACUGAUUUUAACAUCACUGAUCUAACCCCUGGAACAAAUUACACAUUUACAGUCUCAGCUGUUGCUGCUGAUAAUAAAACAGAAGGAUCACUGGUUGGCCUUUCCACUUGUACAGAUGCAAGUCCUGUCUUUGACAUAAGCUGCAAAGGACCAAAUCGCACUUCACCAGCUUUGCUGAAUUUAACAUGGAUGAAUCCUCCGGGCAACAACCAAGGAUUUAACAUCAGUCUCAAUCAAACACGCAGUGACUUUAUUUUAUCUUGUAGUCCUGUCUGUAACCACAUUUUUUCUGAAAACCUCCAAUACUUCAGCACUUACAGUGUGAUUAUUUCAACCCUUGGAUGUGGUGAGAGUGGUACAUGGGACUUUAAGUGCACAACAGGCAUUACAGACCCAUCAGUUCCCAGUAAUCCAGUAGAUGUAGCAGUCAUCGUCUCUCCAAUAAGCCAGACUGUAGUAAAGCUACAAUUCAAUACCAGUCUUCUGAAUAGUACUAAUGGACCAAUUAAAGCCUAUGGUGUUCUGCUCUCAACUGACCAGAAAAGUAAUAGCACCAGGAAUGACCUAACAAUGACCUAUAGUGAUUGGGUAAAAGAGAAGACCAAGACUUAUCUCACUGUUUUAAAACUAAAUGAAAAUAUCAUUUCCAGAAGCAACAUGAUUACGAUUGAAAUUGGAAGUAACAAUGUCUCAGAUGUAAUCAGUAAUACAGGGUAUACAAACGGACCUCUGACUAAUCAGGACUACAGGAUAGCCCUGGUUUUAUUCACCUACCUGGAAAUCAACACUGGACUUGUGGACAUCCAACAAUCAAUCCUCUCUAUAACGCCUUUUGCCAGCAUUAUUGCACAUCCAUUGGAGCCUUCAUCAAAUACUAUUCCAAUUAUUUUGGGGGUGCUGUUGCCUAUCAUUGUUAUCUUGAUCAUCGCCAUCAUUGUCCUCGUCAUACAGAAAAGACGAACAACAAAGGACUAUACAGAUAUUCCGAUCAACAACCUAAGUCCACUGUUUUCUAAUUUUCUAAUUUGCAGUAGCAUUCCUGUGAGGGUGGAGGAUUUUGAGGCAUAUUUCAAAAAGCAGCAGUUGGAUUCCAACUGUGGCUUUGCUGAACAGUAUGAGGAUCUUAAGGUUGUUGGAACUGCUCAAACCAAGAAUAGUGCCCUUGCCAUGGAGAACAAGGGGAAGAAUCGCUACAAUAACGUACUACCUUAUGAUUCUUCAAGAGUUAAAUUAUCAAUACAUGGCAGCCCGUUUGAUGACUACAUCAACGCAAACUAUAUUUCAGGUUACAAUUCUAAGAAGGAGUACAUAGCAGCUCAAGGCCCACUACCAGCUACUGUGAACGAGUUCUGGAGAAUGAUCUGGGAAAAGAACACCCAUAGCAUAGUCAUGCUGACCAAGUGCUAUGAGCAAGGACGUGUUAAAUGUGAGAAAUACUGGCCACCGGAUAACAAGCUGUACAACAAUAUCCUUGUGACAACAACAUCAGAAAUUGAAUUGGAAGACUGGACUAUACGGGACUUCACUAUCAAGAAUGUGAAAACAGCGGAGACACGGAAUGUUCGUCAAUUCCAUUUCACGGCCUGGCCUGAUCAUGGCGUGCCGGAGACCACAGAGGUGCUCAUCAACUUCCGACACCUGGUCAGAGAGCACAUGGACAGCUUCUCCCGCAACGCUCCUGCUGUGGUGCACUGCAGUGCUGGUGUGGGGAGGACUGGAACUUUAAUUGCCCUCGAUCACCUGAUCUUUCAGAUUGAGAGGGAAAGCAUAGUAGACAUUUAUGGAAUUAUCCAUGACAUGCGCAUGCACAGGCCACUGAUGGUUCAGACAGAGGACCAGUACGUGUUCUUGAAUCAGUGCGCUUCUGACAUAAUUAAAUCAAGAAUGGGCACCAAUGUGGACCUAAUUUACCAGAAUGCAGCAGCAUUCUCUAUCUAUGAGAAUGUUCAAAGAUGAAGAAUGAAGGCAUUAAGCAGAAAUGGAUUACAGGUGACAUUUAGCUUGGGGUCAGAACAGCAGGGAAAUUUAGUAGGAUUUUGUCAAAUCUGCAUGAGCCAUUUCAUUAUUUAACUGAAUGUCACAACAACAUGGCGUUCACUGACAAAUAUGUUUAUCUAGUAUGCUUUAACUUAAGUUAAUAUGCUUAUUAAUUUUUUUUUACUCUAGAUUGUGAGACAAAAUUGUACUUAGAUAAUAUUCUUCAUAAAAUUGUUGCUCUGAAAUUAUGAAGAAAUUUAAGAAAUAUAUGUAAGAUAUAUAUUUGAAAAUUUGCAUAGUAAUUACACAUGGAGUACUGUGGACUUGUGGACUCAAUUUUUUCUGUUUCAGUACUUCAACACUUUUAAAUACUGUAUAAUUUUUAUGCACAUAUUUGUGAACUCGGUAAUAACACUGGACGUUUGAAUUUUUUAAUUUAUAUUAAUUGUAUAAUGUAUGUCUUAUGUCAUGUCUUGUUGCUUUUGCCGAUUGUAACAUUGCAGAAUGAGUUGUGCUCUGUUGCAGAAGAUCAGUAGCUAUGCAGAUAUGCUGGUCUUCAGAGACAGACAGCCGCAGUACAGGCACCAUUCCUGGGGUUAUUAUGGCAUUAAAGAUCUAUAGAUAAUUUCAUUCGAAACCAUACCAAAGAUUUCUAAUGUUCAGUAACACUUGAUUUGAGAGUUUCAUCAGGACUUAUAAUACAUAACAUAUAAUCACUGGAUAACAAAUUUAUUGAAUAAUGUAUGAGUGUAUUUGAAGUAUUCUUGGUGUAAGAGAAACAUGCUAAAGCACUGAAUAAUUUUAAGUUGUACAUUUUUAAGUUUUAAGUUCUGUGCAAUGACAGAAAUCACUGCUUAUUCUAAAUGCAGUUUGACUUUUUCCAUCUUCAGAACAUUGAACGAACACUGUUCAUGCUAGGGGGGGAAAUGUAUAUAUUGUUUGCAAUUUUAUAAUGAGUCUUAUUGAGCAACUGUUAAUUUCUUACUGACCUAUUUCACUGUCACACCAGUUAAAAUUGUGACCAAGGAUUUUUUUAAUGUUAGUGAAAGCACCACUAAAUUUUUAAAACCUUUUUUUAGAAAAGGAAUGCUGUCUGUUUAAUUGGGCAAUCCAGGGAGUAAAAUGCAUAUGCUGUAGCAUCAGUAGCUUUGGAUUCACAUGCAAAUAUACUGGGUGAUUAAUAAGCAAUUAUCAUCUUUAAGUAAUCUUAUCUUUUGGCUCAUCAAAUUGAAAGGGAGGAGCAGAAGCAUAAAACCUGGAGAGUAACAUAAAUUCUAUCCAGGUAAUUUGUACGUAUUUGUAUGUGAAUAAUUUUAAGUUGAAAGCAGUAUGUGUGUUAUGAAGUCAUCAUGCCUUCAGAUAGUGUUGUCUUUUAUCCAAUGUGUAGAAAAAGCUUAGUUGGAUUUCUAGGUUCGAAAGAUCUCAGCUCUCCAACUCAUGCCAUAAUUAGCGAUAUAUCCGCUAGAUAUCCAAGCUUAUUGGGAAUCUAUUUUUAGAAUCAGACAGAAUAAUGAUUUAGACCUCAAUUUAGCUCAAAAGGUGUAUUGUAAGGGUGUGAGUCAGAGGAAUGAUGGCUUAUGUUGCAUGUGAAAACAAUGUAAAAAAACAAGAAGGGUUUUAUACCCACACACUGAAGUAUGUUCAGAAAAAACACUGUGGGGUGCUUUAGUUGCUUGAAGGGAAAACUUAUAUAUUUUGCUGUAGCAUUUUGCUAGAGUUUCAGUCUAUGGAGAUGCACAACAUUGUAUUGAUAAUGAUAUACAAAUGAAUUAGCAUAGUAAGUUAUUUCUCUGUUACUGUAGGAUCAAACAUUAAUGACUGAUAUUUUUUACAGGAAUUGUAAGGGAAAGAUACUGCAAUGAAACAGUUAAUAUGUACAUUUGUGUAAGUUAUUUUUUCUUCAGCACUGAUAUGCAUUUGCAUUUUUUAAUUGUCAAUAUAUAUAUUUCUUUUAUAAGGCUCUGUUAAUGAGUCUGUGAAUGCUGUCUCUGCUGUUAAUCAGGCUUGUGCAAUAUUUAGUUUUAUAUAUAUAUAUAUAUAUAUAUAUAUAUAUAUAUAUAUAUAUAUAUAUAUAUAUAUAUAUAUAUAUAUAUAUAUAUAUAUAUUUCCAUGUCAAUGUAGCUUUCUAGUAGAUGCAUAUUUUUUUAAAUCAUUUCAGAGAUUUAUUAAAUUAAAGAAAUUAAACAUGUUUAGUUUUGCAAAGCAGAUUUCUAUUAUUCAUGUAGAAACAUUGUAAUUAUGUGUAAUCUAAGUCAUACUUUGUUUUUUUUAUUUUUCUGGCAAAGAUAUUUAGAUUUUUGAUAUCUGUAAUUAAAACAAGUUGACAGUAAAUAUGUGGUAAACAUGUAAGACUGUGUCUUGAAGAAUGCUUAUUUAAAAAAUACAGAAAUAUGAUGUUGCCUCAGCUUAUUUAAAUAAAUAUAACAGAAUUUUCCAA